CAUGGGAAGUGUGCCUUAAAGCCUUAGCUGUGAGAGAAGGAGCUGCUUGGAUGUACGUUUGGUAAUCUGGAUUUUUUUUUUUUGCACGUGAAGUUGCUGUGGAAGCACCCAUUUAUUUUUGGCAUUUGACAUUAAAGCUCACCCUUUACAACAUGGCACUAGCGACUCUACAGCGCUCCUGCUGCACUAGAGUCUGAGUGGAUUUCUAAGUGGUUGAUUUUUACUUCUUGGGAACAGACAGGACACUUUUAACCAUGGAGUCCCUCUGUGGGAGCAGGCGCUGAAAGACGUUCUUGCAGCUCUCUUUGACGUAUAAGAGGAAAACAUUUACUUACCUUUCGGACGUGAACCAGCGCUGCUUCAUCAUGACCAAAGAGGAGGAGAUCCCAGACUGGGUGGGAGCACAGGAGUUCUACGACAAGUACGAACCCAAGGAGAUCCUGGGCCGGGGGGUGAGCAGUGUGGUACGCCGCUGUGUGAACAAGCGCACCGAUCAGGAGUAUGCUGUAAAGAUCAUAGACAUUACCCCAUCUGACAAAAUUACCCCGCAGGAGAUUGAGGAGAUCAGAGAGGCGACGGUGAAGGAGAUUGACAUCCUUAAGAAAGUCUGUGGGAAGGAAAACAUCAUACAGCUCAAAGACUGCUACGAGUCCAAAGCUUUCUUCUUCCUGGUUUUUGAUCUGAUGAAGAGAGGGGAACUUUUUGACUACCUCACGGAGAAAGUAACUUUGUCAGAAAGGGAAACCAGGAAGAUUAUGCGUGCUUUGCUGGAGGUGGUCCAGUUCCUUCACGACCAGAACAUCGUUCACCGGGACCUAAAGCCUGAGAACAUCCUGUUGGAUGACAACAUGAACAUCAAACUCACAGACUUUGGCUUCGCCGUGCAGAUCCAGCCAGGACAGACACUCAAAGAGGUGUGUGGGACACCGGGUUACCUUGCUCCUGAGAUCAUCGAGUGCUCCAUGGAUCCAGAACACAAAGGAUACGGCACAGCUGUUGACAUAUGGAGCGCCGGUGUUAUCAUGUACACUCUGCUGGCCGGCUCGCCACCUUUCUGGCACAGAAAACAGAUGCUGAUGCUGCGGAUGAUCUUAGCAGGGACUUAUGACUUCUCAUCCCCAGAAUGGGAGGAUUGCUCUGAUACAGUUAAAGAUCUGAUCUCCCGGAUGUUGGUGGUGGACCCAAAGCAGCGUUUCACUGCAUCUGAUGCUCUGAACCACUCGUUUUUCUCUCAGUAUGUAGUUAAUGAAGUGCGGCAGUUCAGUCCAUACAGGCGAUUCAAGGUCAUCUGCAUGACUGUCCUCGCCACCAUGCGCAUCUAUUGCCACUACCGCCGGGCCAAGCCUGUUACCAAGGAGGUGAUAAAGAGCGACCCGUAUGCAGUCAAGCCCAUCCGCAAACUCAUCGACGCCUGCGCCUUCAAGAUCUACGGCCACUGGGUCAAGAAGGGCCAAACUCAGAACAGAGCCGCGCUUUUCGAGAACUCUCCAAAGACCAUCCUGCUUUCUAUAGCUGCCGAGGCGGAAGAGUCGGGCCAACACAGCUGGUGAUACGUCUGAACAACUGGGAAUUACUUCUACUCAAGAAACUGAACUGGUAAAAUCAGAACAGCCCUUAAGUGUCCUUGGAGGAUGAGGGGAGAAGUGUGGGGGACGUACCUCCUAAAGCUUUUAGUCAGGGAAGCUUUUGGUUUUCUGUUUUACAUAAAAAAUAUUCUGUAAAACGAGUUCUUAAUAUAGAGGAAUAUAGCCUCCACUGAAGUCUUCAUCUUUUGUCAAAAUAUAGAAAUGUUUCAUUUAGGAUCAGUUCGUAUUUUCCCAAAAUGUCAAUCUUUAGUUUUGACUAAACUCAAACUGCAUAGGCAAAAACAAAGGGAAAAUGUGAGCUGCUCUAAUGAAAGAAUAUUUUAAUUUGUAUAAACAUAUUUAUUAAACUUUAAUAUUGAAACCCACAUCUAAUCUUUAAAGACUUUUCAUGGUUUUGUUUCUUGCAUCUCUUCCAGAGAA